AUGACCACAAGUGCAGAGCAGAGGUUCGAGGCGGCCGUCCGCGUGAUCCGAGCCCUACCCAAGUCGGGCCACUAUAAGCCCACGGAUGAGCUGCGCCUACAGUUCUACGCCUACUAUAAACAGGCGACCGAUGGGCCCAACACCACGAAAAAGCCGGCCUUUUAUGAUUUGGUCGGCAAAUACAAGUGGGAGGCGUGGAGCCGGUUGGGCGACACGUCCCGGGAGGAGGCUAUGGAGGGCUACGUUCGGGUGUUUGUCGAGUCGCUCAAGAAUAUGAUGGUCGCCGAGGAGGACAGGGAUGUGUUCGAGCCGUUGGCGCCCUUUAAGGAGUAUUUACCCGAUCAGAGUCAACAGGAGGUGUAA